GGAGCUCCAGGGGCUCCAAAGAUGAGCGAGAAGCUGGUGGCACCUUUGGCCAUGGGCAUCUUGAGCAACCUCCGAAAGAAUGUCACAAUAAACGGUUCUCUGGAGCAUGCUGUCGAGAUACCGCCGGGCCAGUGCGUCCGGUCAGAAGGGCUUCUGACGUUUGAGAAAGUGAGCGGACGAUGCACCAACAAGGUCCGAUUCACGGCGACGUCUGCUUCUGGCGAUGCAGUGACAGGACCUGCGCUGGAGGCGAUGUUUCGCACCUCCGGUUACUCCAACGACUUCGCAGCGGCAGGCGGAGAGUCGCUCGAGUACACCGUGCCGUCGGCUGUCUCCCUCGUCGGCACGGCCUCGACCAGCAGCCGCACGGUAAGCUGCGACCCGUCGGGCGGGAGCGACGCCGACGCAGAGCCGGAGCCCCCGCCCCUGGGGCAGCCCAACGAGUCCUCGGCGGCGGACCCGGCCAGCGGGUCCGCGGCGGACGAGCCUUACGUCGGCUCCGGCCUCGCGGCCCUCGCCGCCGCCCUGGCCCUCGCCGCCCUGGCGCUCGGGGCCGCGUGCUUCGCGCUGCUCCUGCGCCGGCGGAGCCGCCGCCGCGGAGGCGCCGCCGGCGCGGAGGCGCCGCCGCCCGGCGAGGCGCUGGAGGCCCGGCUCGCCGCGGCGGGGCACCGCGCGGGCUGCCGCGCGGAGGCCCCCGCGGAGGAGGCGGCGGGCGCGGCCGCGGGCGUGCCGCCCCAGGUCAUCCCAUCGCUGACCGUCUUGGACGAAUUCGAGGAGGCCAACGCGCCGCGGCUGCCCUGGGCCGGGAGGGGCAAGGACGCCGACGACGACGACCUCACGGUCGGCCACGCACAGAGGGUGGAGAAUGUUGUCAAUGAGCGCCGUCCAGGACGGGGGUGCGGCGACUCCUUUCUCUGCUGCCGGGCUCCCGAGGUCACGGUAUAA